AUGAUGAUCGUCGGGGACACGUUCGGAUUCUACCAGUUGGUGCUUCGGAAGCACUCUUGCAGGUCGAAAAGUUCUUGGAAAAACUGGAAAAAUCUUCAUUUUUUUCUGAAUAAUAAUAGGUUCAUUCACUUCAUAGGGUAUAGAGAUAAGUGGUUAGAAAAAUAUAAAAGAAGUUUGAAAACUGAUCAAACUAUAGACGAAAAAUGAUGCUAUAGGUUCGUAGAAACUGUAAUUGGGCGGUCCGGACUUUUCUGAGAACUUCUAGGGAUCACUUAAGAGGUAUUAGUUUUUUUUUUUAUCAGCACCUUUCCUUUCGAAAAUGAAAGAAAAUCGCAAAACGGACGUUGCUGAGCAGCUCUAGGGGUCACUUUAGUGUCGUUUGUUCUCCUGUCAGCCACAGUUCUUGCGCUCACUUUAGUCGCGUUAGCACUUUCAUCAUUUUCCAUUCUAGGGAUCACUAUAGUGUCGUAAGCAGUCUGAACAGCAACUUUCCUUUAGAAAAUGAAAUAAAUCACAAACCUGACGUUUAUGAGUAACUCUAGGGAUCACUUCAGCGGAAUUAGUUUUCUUAUAAGCUUGAGUUCAAGGGAUCACUUUAGCGGUGCUAGCUUUCAUAUCAGUUGAAGUCCUAGGGAUAACUUUAGUGUCGUUAGCAGUCUGAACGGCAACUCUCCUUUUGAAAAUGAAAAGAAAAUCGCAAACCGGACGUUGCUGAGUAACUCUAGGGGUCACUUUAGCGCCGUUUGAUCAUCCACAGUUCAAGUGAUCACUUUAGUGUCGUUUGAAGUCUGUUAUCGUUAUUAUUAUUAAAGAGCAACUUUCCUUCUGAAAAUGAAAAGAAAUCGCUAACCGAACGUUCCUGAAAACUUCAAGGGGUGACUUAAGAGUUCUAACGACGCUAAAGUGAUCCCUAUAGUUGCUCGGCCACAUCCGUGACGCGUUUGCGUAAAAAUGUAGUCUUUAAUUUAAUUCAAUUCAACAGGGGUUUUUCGAAAAAAUUUUUUCAAAAAGAAAUAAGGGAAAUUUUCCAGGCUACGGUACAUCCUCCACCAACUGAACAGCGGCCAACUGCCUUUGGAAGACCUCAAAAGAAAUAUCGAAUAUGCGGCGUUGGUCCUGGAAACGGCCUACAUGGACGAGACAAGGUGGAGAUUUCAAUUUUUGUUCGGCAAAUGUGGAUUUUUGUUAAUUUUUUAGCACCCUUUUACAAGAAUUUUUGAAAAAGUCUGUCUUAAAAAAAGACAAAUAGUCGAAAAAAACCGAUGAAAAAAAAAAAAAAGGUCAAUUUUUCAUUUGAAAAAGAUGAGAAAGAUGAAUUUUUGCGUUUUUUUGUAGCAGGUUUUGGAAAAAGAGACAGCUUUCUUGAUUUUUUUCAAAAAAAUUCUGAAAAAAAGAGGUUUUUAUUGAUUUUUUUCUACAACUACGGAAACACACCGUUUUUUUCUUGCAUAUCGUCUAAAUUAUGAAAAAAACAGCUUUUUCUUGAUUUUUUUUAAGGACUUUUUAAACACAUAUCCUUGAACUUUGAAAAAAAGACAGUUUUUUUCAAUAAUUCUGACAAAAAUUCAAAAAAACUGCUUUUUUUGAAUUUUUGAGAAACGACACGUUUUUCUUGGUAUGGGAUCAAAAAUUUCCUUUUUUUUUUUUUUCUGUAGAAAUUGACCUAUUUUUUUCAGAUUUUCAGCUUUUUUUACCAAAAAAAUUUACUUCAAAGAAAAAUAAACAGCCGAAAAAAAGAGUAGGGGGAGAAUGGUAGAGAUUAGGAGAAAAUAAAUCUUCCUUGGUUGAAAAAAGCGGCGAAAAAAGCAGUUUAAAGCUUUUGCAGGCGAAUUUGCGAUGAGGACGACGAUUUGGCCGAAGUGACGCCGGAAACCGUUCCUGACGAGGUUUUUUUUUGCACCAUGUACCUUUAAUAUAUAUAUCUGGGAAAUGGAAAGUCUGAAAUAAAUAACACAAAUAAACUUAAACCUUCAAGAAUAUGGCACGGCGUCUUUGUUAGUGGAAGCAAAAACAAAAAAACGGUGGGCGGAGUUAAAAUAUCCACCGUUCCCACGUGACGUCAUGGGAACGGCAGAGAUUUCGGCUUUAAGAAUGAAAAUAACAGGGCUUAUUAAAGGCGCAGGCCGCUGUAUUGUCAGAAGUUUUCAAGACGAAUCGAAAUUUCUCUACAUUAACGCAAUUUUCUGCGCGAAAACGGCGCAGUGCAUGCACACGACACACGACACUUUACGGAGAAAUAGUGGCGUCGUCGAAAAAACGCCGUGAUGGCGAAAAAAAGCAUAGCUUCAGGAUUUUUUUGGACAAAUUACCGGGUCUGAAUCUUGAGCCGAUAUUUUUGGCAAAAAGUUAGAAAUUCAAUCAAUCCAUUUAUUUAUUUUCGCAACAAAUUGAUCAUCAAAAUCAGUAAAAAUUCACAGAAAAGCAUAAUUUUCAACCCAAGCUUGGAAACUUCAUAGUUCCCUCCAAGGGCCCCUAUAGGGACCACUUUACCAGCCCCUAUAGGCGCCACUGAAGCUUAAAAAAGUGUUCCCUAUAGGGGUCAUUCUGGUCGGUGAUUGUUAUAAACUAUAUGCGAAAAACUAAUUAAUUGAGCGUUUUAGAAGGAAUUUGAAAAACCCCUAUAAGGACCACUUGAGCUUUAGGGCUCAAGAAGUGAUACCCUAAAUCCCUAUAGGGACCACCUUUAUUUUACCCAUGUAGGGACCACUCUGAAUUCCCUUUAACAAGUAGAUUUCGCUCCAAGAGAAAAAAAAAAAGAAAUUUGCAGACUUUUUAGAAGUUUAUAAUCAUUGAUGUUUAUGGCCAAAAAAUAUUGUCAAAAUGUUUGUUUUAAAAUUUUAUUUUGUUCCGAAACCGGAAUUUCAUUUAAUGGAUGAGUAACUCUUGAAGGAAUUUUCUCAGAAACAUCCAAAAUUUUUUUAAAGAAACUUACAAUAAUCUAAGCUUUUUUCAAAGCUUUUAGUGAAUAUGACAGUAAUUCAAGAAAACUAAUUUUUUUUUAAUAAAAAUAUUAUUUUCAAAAUUAUUUUCUAGAAACUCUUCAGAGCCUUCUAACAUUUUUUUAAGAAAAAAAUAAAAAUUAAAAAAAUUCCCAUUUUCAUGUCUUUUUUUAUAGAUUAUGAUAUCAGAUUCUUAACCAAAAAAAUGGUACGUUUAUAAAAAAACGCAAUAUUUUCUCUUAUUUUGAAGUUAUGAAUUUUUUUGAAUAUAUAUUAUAAGGUUCUUCACAUAAAACCCAAAAUGAACCCUUAGAGAAAACAAAAAAUCAUUUUUCCAUUUUUUCCAGGUCCGAGAAUGGCUGGCCGCAACUUUCACCCGCCAAAAUGCAGGGAAAAAGCGGGAAAAGCCGAAAUUCAAAUCGGUUGCAAAUGCGAUUCGCACCGGAAUCUUCUUCGAUAAGUGAGAUUUCAUCGAAAUGAAAUUGAAAAUAUUAAAGAAUAUUUUUAGGUUAUUCCGGAAGCAACAAAACGUUCAGUGUCCCAUCCCACCGGAAAUCGCCGAAUUAAUGCGGGUUCGUUCGAAAAAAGAUUUUUUUAGGGAUUAAAAUAGUAAUUUAGAGAUUACUGUAGUCUACUGUAAGUUGCAGGAAAAAAAUAUUGAUUUUUUUAGAAAUCUGUACUUGAGAAUGUGUGUCUUCAGAAAAAUUCCAUUUUUAAUAAAUUUCGAAAAAAAGGCCAAAAAAAUCGCAUUUACUAAAUCCUAAACGACUUUUAGUAUGCCAUGAAAUAAAAACAAGCGAAAUUUCCCGCUUUUUUUAUGUCGCCAGGAAACUCACCCGCGGCGUGAAAUGAAACGUUUUGUACGCAAUGCACACAAAGCACAAAAUAUGACGCGCAAUAAUCGAAUUUGAGAGUUUAUCAUGAAUCGAAUCAUUUUCUAGCUGUUAUUCAUUGUGGUAUCGCUUAAAGAAAUUUCUAGAAUAAAAACCGGUUUGUAUUUGUAAAAAAUCACAUCCAGAACUAAAAUAAAGUUAAAUUAACGUCAGUAUUACCUCCAUGAAUAAAAUUUAUUUCAUUUCCGUCUCCCUGGGCUCUAAAUUAAUUUUUCAUCCCUUUUUCAAAAAUUUUGAAAGUCACCACCUCCUCCUACUCUACUUGCCCAAAUAUGGUUAAAAUUGAAAGUUAUCACAAGUAUUAUCUCAAAAAUAUAUCUUCGAAUUAAAAAUACGCAACAGCUUCGAGAAUUUCCGAAAUUUUUGUUGAUUCAUUGAAACAGUGAUGUAUUUUAAGACGCUCUAAUUUUCCUCGGAAUCUUCUAGAAAUAUCUUUUAUUCGAUAAAUAUGGAUUCUCCUAUUGCUUUGAACAUUUUUGAAAGUCUUUUUGAAUUACUGUUGAAACUUAUGUGACCCAGGUUGCUGAAAAUUCCAUUAUUCUCACUGAUAUCAUUUCAAAAACAUCUCCAAAUCUCAAAUGAUGGACCAUUUCCAUAAAUUCAAGUCUUCAACCGAUUAAUAGGUUCAUGGAGACUUUCUUGGAUUAUUUUUGAAACGGUGAUUUCUUUUAAGAUGCGGAAAUCAGAACUUUCAUCCCCGAUAUCCUAUCAAAAACAUCUUCUUACGAUACAGAAAGCUUCAAAAGCAAUUCAUCAACCAAUUUUAAGGUUUCUGUAUGAUUUUUCGAAUUAUUGAAACAGUGACGUAAUUUAAGACGCUAAAAAUUACACCAUUAUCCUCGGAAUCUUCUCGAAAAUAUCUUUUAUUCGAUAAAUAUGGAUUCUCCUAUUGAUUUGAAGAUUUUCGAAGUCUUUUUAAACUAUCAUUGAAACUUAUGUGGUACGGGAUGCUGAAAAUUCCACUAUUCUCACUGAUUUCAUUUCAAAAAACAGCGAAUUUUCGAACAUUUCCGAUUUUUCGUAUCGCUAUGGAACUUUCCGAUUUUUUUUUCUCGAUAAAACUUUCGUUUCGAAUUUGUUUAUAUAAAAUAGAUAGUUGAUUCAUUAUUAAAACACAAAGAAUUAGUAAAAAAUGGUUACAGAUCUUUAAAAAAACGGAUAAAUAUAAGGAAAAAAAAAUCGGAAGAGAUCUAGUUGAAAAGAAUAUGGUUUCCUUUGUUAAAACCGUCAAAUAAUCCCAAAUUCCAUGCUAAAAUGAUCUUUUUCUUCAAAAAGCACCUUAAAAACACAAGCUUCACAUAAAAUAUUCAACCAAGUGUUCAAAAUGUUCAAGUUCUUUCUGAAUGACUUUCCUGUUCUAAACCGCCUUGAAAAAAUUAACUUUCCACAAGCUUUUCAAUAUUCUCCGGUAUGUUGGAAAAGUCUAAAAAGCGUAGAAUUCUUGAUUUUAGUUAGUUUGAAAGUUUCAAAAAAGCUAAAAAAAUAACUAGUAGAUUAUGAAAUUUUUUUUCUGAUUCCUUUUUGGUCAAUCUUUUUAUUUUGACCUGAAAUAUGUUAAGUGCAAAAUAGUGUUCAUUAGGAUUUGAGAGCAUUUUUUGUGAGAAAUAGAAAAAUUCAGAGAAAAUUAGAUUUUUAAAAUUUGAUGACCAGAUUUUUGGAAAAAUGACUUGUCAUACUAUCGAAAAUUACGUACUUUAAAGCCGUUAACACUUUAAUAAAACCCAAAAAAACUUUUUAAAUUUUGAAAAAAAUGAAAAAAAUUGGGCUCAUAAAAAAAGCACUCGACUUUUUCCAACCUAAAAAAACCUUUGAAAAAGAGUCUGAAACUCCUUUUUGAGUUGCUAAAAAAAGGUGUCGAAAGUUUCUCGGAAUCUUAUUUUUCAUCUUUUUUUACUUCCUUAGAAGGUCCAGAAAAAGGUCUAGAAAAAGUCCUUUUUGAGACCAUUUGUUCUGUGCCCGUCUGCCCAGAAACUUCAAAUUUCGAACUAAAAUAAGCUUCAAACUUGUCAAUUUCGAAAAAACUUUCAGGAAGUCAAUUCGUGGUCGUUCAAUCCGUUCAACCUGAACGAAGUUUCCGAAGGCCACGCCUUGAAAUACAUCGGCUUCGAACUUUUCAAUCGCUACGGGUUCAUGGAUCGGUUUAAGGUGAUUAUUUCGCCUUUUUCUUUAAUUUUCAGUCCGAUUCAAAGAUAUAACCGACUCUGCUUUUUUUUUAUGUUUAGUCGUCUUUUUAGUGAGAAAAACUAGGAAAAAUUUCUAUUUUUCAAAAUUUUUAAGCUUGCUGAGAUUUCUUUCCUAGGUAUUUUUUCAGAAAAUUCACUAGAAAUUUGGUUUUUUAUUCAAUUUUCCACUGAAAAGGGCUUCGAGUUAUAUUUCAUAGCCAAAUUUAGGCGAAAAAAAAACUGCAAAAAAGAAUUGGUCAGUGUAGGAGUUGAACCUUUGACCUUGUUAUUGGUAGUCAAGGCGACAGGCACUGCGCCAAGCGGUGAGAAAACCUUUGAAGGGUCUUUUGCGUGUAGAUUACUUUGAGACGAGGCUUGAAACUGUCUGACCUGUCUGCGCUCUCUUUUCUCUCACCGAUUGGGUCAUUAAAACAUCAAAAUCGUGAAAAAAGGUCAAGCUUUUUUAAAGUUUUGAUUAAGUUUAUUCCUGUCCAAAUUUGAAAAAUAUUGAAGAGGUUUUUUCACAAGAUUUUUCAAAAUCAAAAAAAAUAUUUAUUUUGAAGAUCCCACUGACGGCACUGGAGAACUACCUCGGCGCCUUGGAGCAGGGUUACUCCAAACACAAUAAUCCCUAUCACAACGUCGUCCACGCCGCCGACGUCACCCAGUCUUCCCAUUUCAUGCUCUCUCAGACCGGAUUGGCCGUCAGUUUUUUUUUUUGUUAACUACAGUAUCUUUCGCUUGGACGUUUCAUCGCGCGUGACGAUGAUCCUUUAACAGCUCUUCAUUUUUUGAAUUCUUACAAGCUGUUGGAUUUUAAAAAAACGGAGCACUAUUAAAGAAACGUACCACGCUAUGAAUUAUUGCCACGAAAAGGUACUGUAACUGCGGGGGUUUUCCGCAGUUUUGCAGACCAAGCGCUGUGUUUACGGUAGCUAUAAUUUUUUUUACUUUUUUUUGAAAUGUAAUCUUUAAUUUUAAUAAAAAGCUGGUUUGGGUAUUGGAUUUUUAUUCGACAUACUUUUCCAGAACUCCCUGGGCGAUUUGGAACUUUUGGCCGUGUUAUUUGGCGCCCUGAUCCACGAUUAUGAACACACCGGUCACACCAACAACUUUCAUAUCCAAUCACAGUUCGUUUUAUUUUUCUUUUUGUUUUUUGUAUGAAAAAAGGCUAAGCUAAGGAGAUAAUUAUGAAUUUUGAAAACCUGGAUUCUCCACACUACAGAUCCAAUUACGCGAUGUUGUACAACGACCGGUCGGUUUUGGAAAAUCACCACGUUUCCUCGUGCUAUCGGCUGAUGAAGGACGAAGACAAGAAUAUUCUGACUCAUUUGACUCGCGACGAGUUCAGGUAAUUAUUUUUUUGUAUAUAGUUACAGAAUUUCUAUUUGGGGACCUUGAAAAGUGGAAAAAUAGGAAAGUGUGAGGAAACCCCGGUUUAGAUUCUCAAAAAAGACCACUUUAUGGUUAUUUAAAGCUAUGCUGUCAGAUUUUAUAAAAGCUACAGUAUUCAAUAAGAAGUUAGAGUGGUCCCUAUAGGGAUUAAUAGUAACUAGAGUGCCUAUAAGAGCAAAAUAGUGGUCCCUGUAGGGGUUUAAAACCUGACCCGCUCAUAUAGUUUUAUACAAUCUUCCCCUAUAGAACGACGCAAGGGGGUCCUUCAAGGAGAACUUUGGAAGGUGUGUCCACUCAAGGGGCCACUCUCUAAAAGUGCGCCCUACCCCCCGAAAAGUGCGCCCUACCCCCCGAUAAGUGCGCCCUACCCCCCCGAAAAGUGCGCCCUACCCCCGAUAAGUGCGCCCUACCCCCCGAAAAGUGCGCCCUACCCCCCGAUAAGUGCGCCCUACCCCCCGAAAAAGUGCGCCCUUUCCCCGAAAAAAAUGCGCUCUACUCCCCGAAAGGUGCGCCCUACCCCCCGAUAAGUGCGCCCUACCCCCCGAAAAGUGCGCCCUUCCCCCGAAAAAUGCGCUCUACUCCCCGAAAGGUGCGCCCAUCCCUCCGAAAAGUGCGCCCCGUCGAUGUAUAUCUGAAUUACGUCAGUUUAUCUUACUCUAUUUGUCAGACAAGCCUGUCAGACUUUCCAAGCCUCGAAUAAUGUAUUUUCUUGACUUGUCUCCAAACUUCCCUGUUACAGGGAGCUCCGAAACAUGGUGAUCGAAAUCGUGUUGGCGACAGACAUGUCGACGCAUUUCAUGCAGAUCAAAACGAUGAAAAGCAUGCUGAGUCUGCCUGAAGGGUUCGUUCCUUUCUUUUAUCCCUUGCGAUGAGAAAGUUGGCUUUUCAGGGUUUUUGAAAGUUUUUUUUUCCAGAAUCGACAAGAACAAAGCGCUGUGCUUGAUCGUCCACGCUUGCGAUAUUUCCCACCCUUCGAAACCUUGGGAUCUGCACGAAAGAUGGACGGAGGGCGUCUUGGAGGAGUUCUUCCGCCAAGGUUCGCCCUAAAAAAAUAUAUAGUUUGCUCAGAUUUUGAGUAUCAAUGACGUCAUUCGAAAACGCUUGUGAUUGGUUUAUCGCGCCGUUAGGGGCGGAGCCUGAACGACGGCUUGACAUUCAAAAUCUGAACAGACUAUAGACAACUUAUCCCUGUUUCGAAUCAAACUAGACACUUUUCGAUUAUUGAAAUAAUUUUGUUUUUCAAGGUUAUUUUCCUUUUCUAUGACCUCUUCGACAAGAGAAAAGAGGGCGCAGAGACGUCAAAAUGCCUCAAAAGAGCGAAUGACGAUUUCAGGAGACCUCGAAGCUUCAAUGGGUCUACCGUAUUCUCCGCUUUGUGAUCGGCAUACGGUACACGUUGCUGACAGUCAAAUAGGUAAGCGUUGGUAUGAUGCGACCGACUCGAAACGGUUUGCGCGCAAAUGACAUGGGAGAGCAUUAAAGCGGGCUUCUGGGUUUAAGAUUUCGAGUAAAAUUUCUUCCUUGAACGUUGUUUCUGAAGGACAUUCAUAAAAAGGUCUUUUUUUCAAGGGUUAUCUAUUCCUCUAACUUUCGGGCAUGGCUGCUGAUAAAACGGGUCGGCCCGGGCUUCAACGCGCCCUGGGGCGACCCGCGGACUGGUCCCAUCGUCAAGAGAGCCGUUCUUUCUUAGUUUUUUCACCCAUGCUCCAAAUUUUACUCAAUCUCAAAAUUACGCCUUGGGUCUGAACAAGAUGAACGAGAACUUUUGAAGCUAUAACGAAAAACCGCCUUUGACGAACCAGAAGUCCAAAGUGUAGUUGAUCAAGUUGAAAGCGUGGUCUCACGGUCUUUUGCCUAGUUCUUCUGCGCGUAGGCCAUCCAGUUGCGCCUGGACGACCUCAGAAUGUAGCGAAUGUUGUUCUCAAGCUCAGGUACCGUGCUCUAGGUGAAAGUUUCAGAAUAAGAGCGACCACGGAUUUUUGCAGGUUUCAUCGACUUCAUCGUGGAGCCGACGAUGUUGGUCUGCGGAGAGUUGCUGACGAAGAUGGUGGAGCCGCUGGUCUCCCUGCCGCCGUCUGACAGCCUCUUCCCGCCGAGCGUCGACGGCGAGGGAAACUCUCCGAGCAACGCCCUGAGCCCCCUUCCCGACCUGUCAGUUGAAAGUCUCUUGCAAGUUACAACUCCCCCGAUUCAGAUCUCGUCGAAAUUCGUCCGUCUCCCCCUCGGUCAUCCGCAAGAUUCCCCUCAACUACAGCGGGAAGCUCGACAUCCCGACGCCUUGGAUGAAAUUCUUGCACCAGAACAAGGCCCACUGGAAGGAACGAGCUGCGAAAGGUUGGUUGGCCGAGUGGCUAAAAGUCUUGGUUAAGGGCUGAGAGGUCGGGGGUUCGAGUCCGGCCUCUGUCAGGAGUUUUUAUGCUUUUUUGCCCUGUUCUGAAGAGUUCAAGCAGUGUAACCUUUUUAAGCAUCUUUUUUUGAUUUUUUUGAAAAAUCUUUAUUUUUUUCGUUAAUUUUUUUCCCGUUUUUUUCAGAAAGGUUCACAAAAAAAUAGAAGCGAAAAAAUUUUUUUGAAUUUUUUUAAUGGAAGUUUUUUUGAUCCUUUAGGACCUUGAUUUGGUAGUAAAAAAAGCGUUUUUUUCUGUUUUUAUUUUUGCUCAAAAAUUUCAAGUUUUUUUGAUAAAGCCCAUGGAAGAGUCUGUAUUUUUAUUUUUUUUAGGAGGAAUUUUUUUCAAUAAAUUACUUAAAAAAACGAAUUUUUUUCUAACUAAUUGUACCUUUUUUUGUCAGAAAAAAACUUUAAAUUACUACUCAAAAGGUGAAAUUUUCCAGAGGAAGAAGAAAGAAAACGACAAGAAGCCGAAGACGCGGCGAGAGCCGACGAAAACAAGGAAAAUGGUGAGUUUAUUCACUUCAAAAAAAAAAUCCCAAUUUUUUCUUUUCAGGAGCCGCCUAA